AUGGAUCGAGAAAAUCUUAAGAACUAUCACCCUAUAUGCCUGCUCUCUCAUAUCUAUAAACUCUUUACAAAGGUGAUAACGAACCAACUCUCACAGAGUCUGGAUGAACAACAGCCAAGAGAGCAGGCAGGGUUUCAAAGAAAUUUCAGCAUGAUCCACCAUAUAUUUACCUUUAGCCAACUCCUAGAAAGAGCAAAGGAAUACAAACUCCCACUGUGCAUUGCUUUCGUCGACUAUGAAAAGGCCUUCGAUAGCAUCAAGUUCAACGCAAUAUUAAAGGCACUCGCAGAGCAGGGCAUUAACGCGCAGUACAUCAGUUUUUUGAAGGAAGCGAAUAGUGGAUGUACAACAGACAUUACUCUCCUCGAAACUCCCCUCCUCAUCCCAAUCGAGAAAGGUGUAAAGCAAGGAGAUACGAUUUCACUGAAACUAUUUACUGCCUGCCUUGAAAUGGUUAUGAACAAGAUCAAUUGGAUGAGUGGUGUCAACAUAAACGGAGAACGAUUAUCUCAUCUCAGAUUCACGGCUGACAUCGUACUAAUUGCCGAAAGCACCAACCAACUGCAUAGCAUGCUACGAAGACUCAACAAGAAAAGCAGUCAGGACAUCCUCAAAGGAAAAAUCAACAAGACCACACGUACAAAUAUCUUCAAUUCAACAGUGCUGCCAGCCAUGCUGUAUGGCAGUGAAAUGUGGGCACUGACGAAGAGAGAAGAACAGCGGUUGUCGGUAGCUGAAAGGGUAAUGGAACAAGCUAUGUUGGGAAUUUUCCUUCUGGAUUGUAUCCCAAAUGAAAUGAUUAGAGAACGCAGCGGUGUGAAAGAUAUUGUCAUGGAAAGCAGAUAUAAGAAGAUAUGA